GCUAGUAUAGUGGUCUUCCUCAUUCGUUCCACACAAAUCUCCAUCAUUGUAAAACGACGCUGUAUGGUUUUCGUACGUAGAGAAGGCUUCCAUCAUUUGCUAAAGAAGACUUCCAUACCCUGCUUUGAUUUGCUGCAUUCGACCUGUUGACGCUGUGCUUAAUCCUUUGGAGUUUACUUUGUCUUUGUGGAGUGGGGUGAAUUCCGCCCCGACACACGCACCAGUCGAUAUUUACACUCAUUCUCUGCGAUGACUCACACGUGAAUUGCCGAAGCAAAUCGGAACUACUCGGCUGUUGAAAACAACCCUUCCGAGUCUUAUCGGGGAAUGUAGCGAGUCUGGUGCACGUCUGGAAUAUUUCGCCCUUACGAGUAUAUACCAGCGGAAAUUACACCGUCAGUAUGCGACAUUGUGACGUCAUCGUGUUCCAAGUAGUGGGAGUGAUGUUGUGGUUGACGGGAGUGGCUGGUGUUAACGUCGUUAUCGAGUCGAGAUCGGGAGCACGACGUAGCUUGAUCACGUGUUACACGUGUCCAGACAAGGUCAAUAAUGAGGAAUGUAACAGAUGGGCUCCAGACAUCGCCUGUCCUGAAAAUCACACCGUGUGCGAGACUGUCCACACAUUCAACACAAAGACCGGAAGUAGUCUGCGCGUCAAGAAGAGAUGCGCAGUUGCCGCGGAAUGCACCAAUGAGCACGUCGGUUGCCGGGAUACGGAGAACUCUUCAGAGAAGGUCUGCGUUUCGUGUUGUGAUUCCUCUUACUGCAACGUGGACAUCCCAGUGAACAUCACUUCCGCCAUCAGCCUCUCAUCCAUCUUCCAACCGACAUCGAGCUCUCAGUCCCUCUCUAGCAGCCAUCUUUGGCUGCUGACCUUUCUGAUUGGACAACUGCUGAUACUGUCAUUUCUUGAGGACAGAUGACCGGCGGAAUGGUGCUAAAGUAUCAACUUUUUUAAAAGUCCAGUCAAUAAUGUAAUGAAAGUGUGUAUUGAUGGGAUUCGAUUCUAUACAGCACGGAUUCGCAUGGCAUUUAACAGACCCUGGUGUUAACCUAAAGACCAACCGGAAUAUACACAAAAUGUAUGCUCAAUUAAUGUUAUUUAAGAUGAGGACUGUCAAACAUUCGGUUCAAAGUCAGUGUAAUGCAUGUACUUAGUAUUCGGCGAUUAAUGAAUUGCAGCUGCUUUUAAGGUGCACACAAGGACUAAGCAUUCCACUAUCAAAAUUACCGACGCAGUAUUUAUAACAAAAACACAGAGUACAUUGACAGGAUUCGAACCUACUGCACAUGGCAUCGGGCCGUUCUCGGCGUUGCCCUGGCGGCAAAUUGGGACCUCCACGAAUCAACAAAGCGGGUGUUGAACCACCUCAACUUGUGGAUGAAAAUAUGUGUUGUAAUGUUGGAAAUAGUGACGUGACGUAAACUGCUUCUACUUACACGUUCAGCACUAUUUAUAAUCAACUGUAUAGACUCGGCUGUAAGCUACUAACUUGCUUGUUGACUCUUUUGAACUGGUGGAUGUGUUUUGACACUUGAUUCAUGAGUGCGUGCCACCACAACAGGCCAUUGGGCUUUGUCUUGUGCUUGUCUGGAUUUGUCGAACCAAUCCUGAGUAGCAGUCUUGUUAUAAACGAAGGAGUCUAGUGAAACUAGUCAUGAGAGUAGCAAUUCUCUCACAAAGAAGAAAGGAAGGAUAGAUCGUUCUGGGUAUUGGCAGUCUUCCUACACGAGGUGUGUUCCACAGAAGACUUACAUUCGUUACCAGAAAAAGAAGCAGAUCAGUUAAUCACUUAUUGACAUUUCAGUACAUAUACAAUGGUGGUUAACUGAACAGUCUUCAAGCCCUGUAACAUCCUAUAAUAUCCUUAAAACAAUAGUACAGAUAUUGCAUUUCAUCAUCGUUGGACAUCCAAUAGUCGAUGUAUUUAUCAUGCUGGGGUGUCGAUAAACAUUCAUUCAUUCAUUCAUUCAUUCAUCGUUGGUAUGGCUGUGAAACAAUGGGUAGUGGAUUACCAUAUUCUCGGAAACAAACCUGCAAAAGCGACUCGCAAGGUAUUGGUGUUGUCUUCAGAUGAGUGACAAAGAUUAUGAAUACAAGUGUUUGUGUUGAAUGUUCCUAAUGAUUGUGACUAGUCACUGUUUCUCUGCAGCUUUUGAGUUUACACAGUUUCUGAUGAGAUUAGUAUUUAUUUAUAUUAUAAUUUUGGACAGUUGUUGGCGCUUGUCUUUUCCAAGAGACAUUUGUAGACAUAGAUGGUAAGAAGCGCCAGUGAAGUUGUUUGGUUCUUAAGAUGCAUUUGCGGAUUUACUUCAGAAAAUGCGUUUGUGGACAUUAUAUUAUCCAACUUUGCUUGAUCAGUGCAUUUGUGGGUUUCGUUCCUUAGAUGCACCAAUAGACUGGCAUAUUGUGAUUUCAGAUACGAUUGAUUGAUUUCAACUUAUUUUCGUGCUUAUAUCCAAUUAAGGUUCAAGCACGCUGUCCUGGGCACACACCUCAGCUCUCUGGGCUCUCUGGGCUGUCUG